UCCCCGACCCGGCGGCCUCGGCAGGACCCAUGGCGGAUUCCUCGCCCGCGCUGUCCCUGCGGGAAGGCGGCUCCCGCGCCCCGCGCCCCGCGGCCCACUCGCCACCGCCGCGCUCGCGCUCCGGCUCCGAGUCCGAGGAGGCCGAGCUGUCGCUGAGCCUGGCCCGCACCAAGACCCGCUCGUACGGGAGCACGGCCAGCGUGCGGGCGCCGCUGGGCGCCGGCGUCAUCGAGCGCCAUGUGGAGCAUCGGGUCCGUGCCGGCGACACGCUGCAGGGCAUCGCUCUCAAGUACGGAGUCACGAUGGAGCAAAUUAAAAGGGCCAAUAAACUGUUUACCAAUGAUUGUAUAUUUCUGAAGAAAACAUUGAACAUCCCUAUCAUAUCAGAGAAGCCAUUGUUGUUUAAUGGACUUAACUCCAUUGAUUCUCCAGAAAAUGAAACUGUUGAUAGCAGUUUUCCUCCUGAAGAGGACCCAGUGGUAGCUAGGGAAGACCUCCCACCUCCUAGUCCUCAAGAGCCCGAGGUUCAGCCUGUGCAGCCUGAAGAAGUAUCAGCCAGAGAUUUCCUACAGAGACUUGAUUUGCAGAUUAAGUUAUCAACACAGGCAGCCAAGAAACUAAAGGAAGAGAGCAGAGAUGAAGAAAAUCCCUAUGCAACUUCCCUGUAUCACAGUUAGGUGAUUUGGGGACAUGACUCAAACCUGGGUGAAGACAUGGUUGGACCAGUAAGGAUCCAAGCCCUGAAUACCCCAAAGCAUCCCGUUUGGAUUCCUAUACUGUACCUCUUGAAAUCAUAAUUUACCUACUGCAAUUGCACUGAAGUAAUUAGUUUCCUCUGGCUUUCUAUAAAUUUAAGUCUUUACUACGGCAUGAUAGCAAAAAUUGUAUCCUAAAGCUCCUCACUUUUGUAGGUGGUGGUAGUUUUCAGACUAGGUUUUGUAAAUACCGGUUGACAUAAAGCAUCAAAGACUAUAUAUUUAAGCUAAAAACAAUGUUUAUCUCCUUAUGAAAUCCUAAUUAUGUGAAAAACACGGUUGCUGCUCAAGUGAUGCUGAAUUUGCUGUGUGUUUAUAACUUAAGUGCUACAAAUAUAUAUUUCGAUAUGUAUUACAUAUUCUGUAUAAAUAUAAAGAACCAAAUUUUGUCUGCUAUUUUGUAAAAAUAAACUACAAAGUUCUGAAUGGAGAAAAUAAAACUAUGUUUUCAAAGUUGA